AUGUCGCAUUCUCUGGACAAGUCACCUAACCCUCUUGAUCGUUUCAGCAAUACCUCCGUUCCAGACCCGUCCUUCGACUUCGUUCGUGACGCAAGCUUUGUCGUCUUUGACGAAGCCAGAGGGGUCAAGAUAUUGGGCCAGUCACCAACUCUUGAAAAAAUGUUCAUUGUCGACGACGUGAUCCAUGAAGCUCCAAUUUACAUUCCUGAACUGAACGCUAUCAUUGCCUCCCCACUGGACCCGAACACUCUGUCUCAGAUCAUCAUUCACUUGAACGCUACACCACCAACGAAAUCGCAAUUUACACCAAGCCCACCAGUGUACGGGGUCAACGGCGGCCGGUACUUCAACGGCACCGUAUACUGGGCCGUCGCAGGCGGCUCCGUGACCCUAAACUCUUCCACCACGAUCAAGCAAGCACCCGGCAUAUACACACUCGACCCCAUUACCCGCAAAACCAAGCCCAUCCUAAACAACUACUUCGGCCAGCGCUUCACCAGUCCAGAUGAUCUCGUCAUCGAUUCCUCAGGCGACAUCUUCUUCACCGACCCAUGGUAUGGCUCCAAGUCGAACUUGACGCAGGAUGCACCAGUCUUGCAUCAGCAGACAUAUCGCUUUCGCCCGUCCACUGGCGCUGUAAGCAUUGUGGAAGCUAGCAUCGGCAUUCCAAACGGUAUCGCGCUGUCGCCUGAUGAGCGCACUGUGUAUAUCUCGGAUACUUCUGUUACCAAUUUCACAGACGCGGAUCCGAAUGUUUUACCGCGGUAUACAUGGGGUGCCACGGCGGGGAAAUGCGUCUACGCUUUCGACACUGUUGAUUCGCCUGCUGGGAAAUAUCUGGUUAACAAGCGACCGAUAUGGUAUCCUGAAGAGUAUGCGGUGGACGGCCUGCACGUGGCUGGAAAUGGGUAUUUAGUCGGGGCGGCGGGUUUCGGCGUCGAUGUACUGAGUCAGUGGGGAGAACUACUGGUCAGGGCGCAGACUGAUUUCAUCGUCAAUAACGUGCAGUUUGUGGGGAAAGACUUGUGGCUUUUCGGGCAGGGCAAGAUUGCUCGACUUGGGUGGGACUUGGAAGGCUUGGAGGGAGCAAGGAGUUGA